ACUCACAUACACUUCCUGUAUUGACAUUUCAUAGAAAAAUUGGGUUAGGAAAACAAUAAUAAACUUAAAAAUACGUUUAAUUUUUUUGUAGACAAUGUUUGAAACUGAUGACGACGAUUUCAACCCUAGUUCCAGCAAAAACUUAUUUUCUAUAUUUAACAAUGUUUCGUCGCCAGACGACAAUGCCAGCCUAUCCUACAAAGCUCCAAAACAACCAAAGUCUAAUGAUUUGGUCGAUUCCGAAAAAGCAAAACAAGAAAACCAAUCGUCGAUCGUAUUGGCUAAAGUAAUCAACUUGUGGAAAUCAGAGCUAGGUACCAAUAAGCUAGUUGGAAAGCAUAUUGUGGCUGUUAUUGGAAACUCAACUCAAAAGUUGUAUGAAAUGAUAUUAUACAAGGAGAAAACCAACAUACUUAUAAGACAAAUAUUAAAUGAUAGCUUUAACUUAUACAAGUACCCCAAAAAUUUUAUUGGGUUCUAUGAUAGUUCUAAUUUCUUUUGGAGCCUAAGCUUUGCAAAUGAAGAGGAUUGUGAAAAUUUUAUAAAAGAAGCAUCUAAACAAAACUGCCAGGUGAUUGAUAAAUGUACUGAAAAUAAAUUGGUAAAAGAACCAGAAUUAGUUCAGAUCCAGAAUGAUGUUCCACUAGCUUUAAAUGAGAAUUCUGAAGAUUCUAAAACAAAAACAGAUAUUCUAUCUAGGAUUACUAAGAUGGGUCAACCGAUUUUACCAAAAUCCACUUUUGAAAGGAAGAUCAACACAGAACCUUCAGAUUCAGAAACAGAGUCAAGUUAUAGUGAUUCUAAAAUUGUAAAACCUACAGCUGUACCUCGAAAACUGAAAAAGGUGCAGAGCCAGAUACAAAGUAAGACUUUUUCUAACUCAGUACACCCAGAUAAUACAGCUCUAAGUCCGUUCAUAACAAAUAAUGCUCAAAUGUUACCAAAUCAUAACCAGAUGAUGCUCCAUCAUCCAGGUUUGAUGGUAUCACAGCCUGUUCCAGAUUACAGUGUAAAUAAUUUUUUGAUAGCUCAAAAUACAGAAUUGAAAACAAACAUAUCCGAAAUUAAUAUGAAAUUAAACAGUCUUCUAAGCAAUCAGAAUGUUGUAGGGCAAAAUACAGAUGAUAGUAAAGAAUUGAAAUCUACAGUUAAAUGUUUAAAAUUGAAAAUAGAAAAUUUAUCAUCUGACUUGGAGAAGGCUACUAGAGAAUGUACACAGCUACGAAAAGAGUAUAAAGAAAAAUGCGAAGAACUUGCUUUAGAGCAAAUAAAGAACAAUGAGUCCCAGUCUUUAAAUACAGAAAUAGGUUAUUUGAAACAAUGUCUUGCUGAAAGGGAAAAGGAUAUUGACUUAUUAAAAUUGGAAUUAAAAGGAAAGACUGAUGUAAUAGAGAGCCAACAGUUAAGAUUAAAUGAGUCUGAAAAAUACUAUGAAGAAAAUAGAAUUUAUAAAGAAAAUGUAUCCGUGCAAAUUGAAGAGUUAGAGAAGAAGCUUGAAGAAGCUAAUACGAAACUUUUAGAACAAGAUGAGCAUUGUAGAAAAAUUGAAACUGAAUUAAAGAACAAAUCAGUGCAGAAUGAAUCUUUAAAUCAUAUUGAUUAUAAUCAAAUAGUAAAAGAAACUAUGAAUGAUGCAUUUACAGAUAUAAUGGAGCAUUUUAACGAGAAUGAGAAGUAUAGUUUUAUAGAUAUACAAAAAAUUGUAUUAAAAAAAUUGAAACAAGCAUCUUUAACUCUGAUUAACCAAAUAAAUGAAAAUUCGUUACAUUGAAUUAAUUUAUAUAAAAUGUGAUAUAUAUAUAUAUUUAUUAGAUAUUUUAAGGAAUGUUUGUCAUGAUCAUAAAUUUUAUGAUUU